CUGCAUAUUGGCUCAGUGGUACAGGUUCCUUCAAUGCAUUCUUCUUUGAGCACCAAGGACAAGAAGAGAGCACUGGAGACUCUUGUGCUGCCAAUGAAACACCUUCACCCAAAUAGGAGACAUGUCAGUUCUCCUCACUUUCACUGGCUGAAUGAAUGAUACGGCCUUGACGAAAUCAAAGGCUGAGGAAGGGCAAAGCCUCCAGGUGCCUGAAUUGAGAAGAUCAAGCAACACUAGCAUCCAUUUUGGAAGGCAAGGAAUCCAAAACUUCUGAAAGAACAGCUGCAGUUGCUGGUCAUUUGGUUGACCUUUUUAAUGAUCAAUUGCAGACCACAGUAAUGAAGACUCACUUCCAAGAUAUUAAGAAUGAAAGUGGGGUUGUUGGAAAUGUGAUAAAUCCAACAAAAGCCAGGGGAGUUGCAAAUGUGUGGUUCAAAGGAAAAAAAGAGAAUGUCAACAGAAAACAGGAACACUGUCAGGUAGAAAAGUCUGGAUCUCCUCAGUUCACAGACCCUCAUUUCAGUGAAAAGGUCUUCAGCUCUGUGGAAGCUAUCCUCGAUCUUUCUGUUUUUCGGAGUCAAGUCCCUCUAGAAAGUCUGGUAAUGGAUCUAAAAAGGAAAAUCCCAACUUUACGCUUCAGUCCUUUGGAACCUAAUGGAAGAAUCUCCGUCCAAGGAUCAUUUCUGGCUCUCCAGAAGCUCAAAGAAUCUUUGCUAUUAAAAGCAAGUUUUCUUUUAGAAAAAAACAGGAAUUUCAUCAGUGAGGGGAAAAGGCCGACUAGGCAGAACCCCAGAAGGCAUCUCCAGAGAAGAAGCUCCUCAGAGUCGCUCAGGUCCUCAGUACCCGAGGCCACCAGGAGAGGAGAAACGCUUGUUCUCGACACAGAUAUUUUCCUCUGCCUCAAAAAGAGCAGAUUUUACAAAAACACAUUGAAAACCUGUCAUGUUUUCUGUGAGGAAAGAGUGGAUGGUGAAAUUACCACAAUUUGUAUAAAAAAUGCUCAAGAAUGUUCUCAGCCAAACAAUGAAAAGGUUGUAAAAGCACUUUUUGAGGAAUAUUCCCUUGCUCUUCACUUUGAACUGAGAAAGGAGACACUCACUUUGAAAGGAAGGGGAAGUAAAGAUAAAAGAAAUAUUAAACUGGCAUGUGAACAACUCAGUUCAAGGUUCCCUCAGGUUCAGAUUAAUUUUUAUGAGACACACAUUGACAUUAUAGGAUCAUCUUCUGACACAAACUUGUUUAAAAAAGAGGUCACGGAAUUAAUAAGGUUAGAAAGUUAGACAAUGAGAUCUCAGCAGUAGUAAUGACAAUGGCAGUUGCUUUUUCUCACAGAGUAGUGAGCAGUAUCUGACUAGCUUUACACACAUUAUCUCAUUUAAUCCUUGCAACCAACCAUCCCUCAGUGUAGACAUUGCUAUCCUCAUGUUGUAGGGGAAGAACCUAGGAUUUGGAGAGGUUAAAACUUUUGUCUGGAGUUAUCCAGUGGGCAAGGAAUGGGGCUGGGGUUAAACUCGGCCUAUCUGACUACAAAAAUAAUAUUUAAGGCUUAAAACUUUGAAAAAAAAAAUCUCUUUAAGUUUGGAGAAAUCUCACUUUCUCUGUACCCCCAAAUUCUCGGAAAGAGAAAUAGCCUUAAAUCUAACACAGAAGAUGUUUGGAUGAUUGUCAUGCCUUUGGCCAUUUCAUAGCAUUUACUCCAAAUAGUUUGUUUACUCCAAAUAGAAUCAGAACCUUGGCAAAACUCACUGGAGAAGCUACUUUGAUUCAAAGUACUUCUGAAGCAGGUAAUCAUUACUUGACUAAAUCUGAUUGGUACGAGGCUGCUGGACCAUGUGGGACAUUUUUAUUGUUGCUUAUUUAGCCUUAGUACAUACAUAAAAUGCUGGUUCUCUUAGAAUUGUGAAGAAUUACAAAAUAUAGUGUCUUUUUUCUUUAUUCCCCCCUUUAUUUUAUAAUUACAUGGCUAAAGUAAUAGCAUUUGAGGAAUAAAAACGUAGGUGUUUCCUUAAAGAUGACAGAAGGAUUUGAAAAUUCAUUACUGGAGAAGGGAAAACAAGAGCUUUUAAGUUAUUUGGUUGUCUAGGACUCCCCUGAAUUUAACUUUGGGAUAGUUUCAAGUGCCUGGGGGCACAUUAUCCUAGGAUAAUAAAAUGUAUACAUCUUGCUCAUCUCAAAGUAAAUAAAUGUGGGGGCGCCUGGGUGGCUCAGUGGGUUAAGCCUCUGCCUUCAGCUCAGG